UACCUCUCUCACACACACAGUGUGUUUGCUGGGAAGGGGAUAUUUCAGGGGAAACUAGGAAUUGCACAGUCCACCUGCCCGUCAAGGAAUUAUUUUCCUUUCUGGAAUUUCCAUUAAAGAGAUCUUGGAUCAAAAUCUUACCCCUCAUCAAAAGCUAGUGAUUUUUUCAUUGUCACUUGAUCUGCAUAAUAUAUUCCGGCCAUCAGCAUCACUUGUGAGCCAGAUCAACACUGAACAAGGAAACCAUGACCAGCAACUACAGUGUCACUCUCAUAGGUCCUGCCCCCUGGGGCUUCAGGCUGCAGGGAGGAAAAGACUUCAACAUGCCCCUCACCAUCUCGAGGCUGACGGAUGGCGGAAAGGCAGCGAAAGGUGGUAUUGCUGUUGGAGACAUGGUUCUUUCCAUUGAUGGCAUCUCCACGGACGGCAUGAACCACCUGGAGGCCCAGAACAAAAUCAAGAGCUGCACUGGCAACCUCAGCCUCACUCUGCAGAAGGCCCCCAGUGUGUCUAAACCUCCUCCUGUUGCACCAAAGGGCAACAGAUCAGACAUCAUAAAACCGGUAGCCAUUGCCCAUCCUCCUCUUCCACCCCAUCCUCAUGAUCAUUCAUCCAGCCACUCUGCUGUGUCCAACAACAAGGCCCCCAGACCUUACGGGGACUGCAAAUCAGAGAGUGAACACCCUCCUUUACAGUUCCCUUUUGCCACUUCCAUCCCCUCUCCGUCCUCUGCCUUUACACCUGCAUCCUUCCAUACUAGUCCUCGUCCUCCUUCUCUUUCUCCACCUCCUGUCUCUUAUCCAUCCUCUGCCUCCUCCUCCCCCCCUGUCCUCGUCCCGCCUCAGCCUUCGGUCUAUAACACACCAAUCAACCUGUACUCCACUGAGAAUGCGUGUGAGGUGGCCAUGGGGCAGAGGCGGGGCCUGUUGGAGAGUCAGGGUGGAGCCUUACCACUGCAGUUUAAUGGAGCCAUAACGGCAGCAUCUCGUCAAGUGACAAAUGGACCUCAAAGUAUUUUAAAAAAACCCCUGCCACCAAGAGUGCCUAGGAAACAUGUUGUGGAUACAGACAUCCAUUUUUACCAUGUUCCCAGUCACGCUGAUGCCAGCAGAAAGCGCAUAAUGGAGGACACCGAGGACUGGCGCCCACGUACUGGCACCACCCAGUCCAGAUCUUUCAGGAUUCUGGCUCAGAUCACUGGAACUGAGAAUGUUCAAAAUGAAGAAGCUGACACAGCCAAGAAGACAAAUGAGGAAUAUGUGGAACCCGAACUCAACAGCCAUGAGUCUGCAGUUGUUAAGACUAUGAUCAAAGGACCUGCAACAACCUAUGGUCCACAGACUGGUUUGAUUACCCCAUCUUUUGGUAUGAAGGGUAACGGCAGUGCCAGUGUCCCACGGGGUCCUGCUCCGGCCCGACCUGUUCCUCAGCCCCACCCUAAAGAUGAGGACACCCUGGUACAGAUGGCAGAACAUAUUCCUGCUGGCACUCGUACGCCAAUGUGUGCCCACUGCAACAUGGUGAUCAGAGGACCUUUUUUGGUAGCAAUGGGGAAAUCGUGGCAUAAGGAAGAAUUUAACUGUGCACACUGCCGAACAUCCCUGGCAGAUAUAGGCUUUGUUGAAGAACGGGGAUCAGUCUACUGUGAACACUGCUAUGAAGACUUCUUUGCUCCAACAUGCAGCCGCUGCCAGUCUAAGAUACUAGGGGAGGUGAUAAAUGCCCUCAAGCAGACUUGGCAUGUCUACUGCUUUCUGUGUGCUUACUGUCAGCAACCAAUCAGAAACAACACCUUCCACCUGGAGGAUGGAGAACCAUACUGUGAACCGGGUAGUGUAUGGUCAAUGGUGUGCUGUACCACACUGGAAGGCCAGACCUUCUUCUCCAAAAAGGACAAACCUCUUUGCAAGAAGCAUGCUCACACACUGAAGAUAUGAAGCCUAAACUAUUCACUUGGCCACAUGUUGUCUCACGGAGGGUUGGGGACACCUUUUAUGAUGACAGUAGUAGUCAUUAUUGUAGUGGUGCUAUCCCUUAGCACAAAAAGCAAUAAAGCUUAAGGAUCUUAGUUACUCUUUGUAAACUAAAUGUUAUGUUGUCAAUCAUCCCCAAAUAGCAAGGUUUUACUGCCAACUGAUACAUUUUAUGUACCAUAAUGCCAUUUUUAUUUCCUCACACAUAGGACUGUGACUUUAUCAUUUACUUCGUUCUUCUGAUUUUUGUCUUGAGUGGUGAGAUCAUCACACUUUCUGUUUUUAUUAUUAAGCUUGCACAGUGCUCAUUAUCUUUAGACACCACCAGAAAUGUUUGAUAAUUUUAAGUAUUCGAGGAUGCUGGCAGGUUUGUAUUGUUAGUUGAUUGAUAUUUGUUAGUGUUUGUGUAGUUGUAAUCAAUUUUAUUAACCUGGCUAAAACCUAUAAAGACUUAAAGAUGAAACUGUAGAACGUCCUGUGUUACACUUCGUUUUAUUUUGUUUUUUGCAUUACAGUUUUACAAGCAACUAUUAUAAAAAAACUUCCCAGUAUAUGCAUUAAAAUACUGCAGGAUAUGCUUGUGUUAGUUACUUUAUACAGUUCAUCUGUGAAUGUCUGAGUUGUAAUUAAAGCUGCUGCCUUUGAUUUAA